GAUCCUUUUGAAAUACAUGCAACUACAUACCAACUGAUCAUCUAAAUCUUUCUCAAAAGAAAUAACAAAUCCUGCUAUUGAUCUGCAAUUAAUUAUAUAUAUAUUUUACACCUGCUUUCUUUAAUUUUGAUCGAUCGCCAAGCCAUGAAGAAGAAGAUAGCGAUCUCAUUUCUGUUCCUAUUAUUCUGCUGCGUUAUCUACUCUUCUACUUGUUGCUUUUCAUCCCCACUUUCCAUUUCAGAUGGUGUUUUCAGCGGCAGCUCUGAUUCACCUUCUUCUUCAUUUGGACGCGCUCUUCUUCAGGAGAAUAACCAAAAACUUUGCCCCCUGGACUUUGUGUCCAUGAAUUACACAAUCAUAACCAGCAAAUGCAAAGCACCAGAAUACCCUGCUGAAAUAUGUUGUAAAGCUUUUCGAGACUUCGCCUGCCCUUACUGGGUUUACUUGAAUGACCUUUCAACUGAGUGUGCGGUUAUAAUGUUCACAUCCGUCCGUCGCUACUAUCCACCGGGGAUUUUUGCGGAAUCGUGUCAGCAUAGCAAAACGGAGCUGGAGUGCCGGCCAGGAGAAAGAAUAGAUAAUAUCGCGACGGAUUUUAAUAGCAGCCGUAACAUCCGCAGCCCAUCUAUACUGUUUAUAACGGCAUUAACUAGCGUAUUUAUAAUAUUCUUGUUCAAGUUGUUUUAAAAGCUCGUGGUCUCGUUUAUCCACGUUAAGCUAAGUUUGAUUGAGUUAUUUUGUUGGUUAAUUAUAACUAUAUAAACUCGUGUAUUAAUAAGAUUAAUAGUGCAAUUUCUCCGUUAUCUAUUUUCUACGUUAUUCUUAA